AUGUCUCAAGCCAAGAAUAUCGUAAAUCAGGCAAUUGCCGAUAAUUGCAUCGUUGUCUUUGGCAAAGGCCAUUGCAAAUAUACAAGAAAAGUAAGACAGACGUUGGACGAUCUUCAGCUUAAAUACUGGACAAUCGAUCUGGAUUUUGAUGAGAACGGAGAAGAAAUCCAGAAUUACCUUUUUCUCAAAACGGGUCAACACACUGUCCCGAACAUAUUCAUUAAUCAAAGAUACGUUGGUGGAUCAAAGGAAUUUAUGAAUAUUAAAAACAGUGGUCACUUGCAAGUACUUCUUGAUAACUGUUAA